UUCAACACAGUCGGCUAUCAAGCACUGCACGAUGAUAUCCAAAAUGAUUACUGCCACUUUAGCCUUGGUCCUUUUCGGGGUAGUAGCAGCGGGUCCUGUUGCUGAACCCGAACCCGAAGCUAAUCCUGGAUUCCACCGAGGAUUUGGUGGAGGAUUUGGAGGAUUUGGUGGAGGAUUUGGAGGCCACGGAUUCGGAUACGGAGGCUACCGAGGAAAGAGGAGCCCAGUAGCUGAACCCGAAGCUGAGCCUGGAUUUAUUCACCGAGGAUUUGGUGGAGGAUUUGGAGGAUUUGGUGGAGGAUUUGGAGGCCACGGAUUCGGAUACGGAGGCUACCGAGGAAAGAGGAGCCCAGUAGCUGAACCCGAAGCUGAGCCUGGAUUCAUUCACAGAGGAUUCGGUGGAGGAUUUGGAGGAUUUGGUGGAGGAUUUGGUGGACAUGGUGGCCGAUAUUAUGGUUAAGGCAAAACUGUGAAGAUCCGACUUAUGUUUUGGCUAUAAAUAUAAGUGAAUAAAGACCUUUUUUGAAACAA